AGCCCCUCCGCAAGGCCAAGGGAAGGCUGUGUGGGGUAGGGAUAGCAAGAUUUGGGGACUGCCAGUCACUUUGGGAUGCACAGGGGAAGGGAAGCAGUGAUGGACACAUUCAAAAUGCCUUGGCUCCGUACACAGCACUGGGCCCUGCGUGGAGGGGACUGUAUGAUCUGACCUUAAACAACAGUUUCUUUUGCUUUCUGGUAGGUGAAGGGGAGACUGUCUCAAUGCAGCUGGGUCCCGGACCAGUGGAAGAAAGGAGAAGAGAUGUGGAUUUCAGCCUAAAAUUCAUUAAAGAUAAACGGAUCCCAAUUACCGUUACUGUCGUCAUCACAGCGUUGAUCAUCACCAUAAUUGCACUGGCAGCCAUGAAGACACCCCCCUGCUCAAGCUGCCCACCCCAUGUCACUGCUACGUGCCCGGGCGGCUGGGUGGGAUACCAAGGGAACUGCUACUACUUCUCAGAGACUGAAGGGAACUGGAGCACCAGCCAGAGCCACUGCUCUUCCCUCAACGCCUCCCUGGCUUCCAUUGAUUCCCUGCCGGAGCUGAAUUUCAUGCUGCGCUAUAGAGGGAUCCCUUACUGCUGGAUUGGCCUCCAGAGGGAACAAGGCCAGGGCUGGAAGUGGACCAACAGUACCAUAUUCAACAACCUGUUUCAGGUCAGAGGGGAAGGGCAGUGCGCCUACCUGGAUGAACAUGGGGUCAGCAGCUCCAGGUGCUACUCAGACAGACAUUUCAGCUGCAGGCGGCCGGACGAGUGCUCUAGAAGGAAGCCAAGCGGUGCAGGAGGGGACACAAGGUCUAAUAUCACGUAAAGGGCCAAUGCAGCCUCUUCAGUGGAUGCAGAACUUACACAUUCAUCAUCUCUUGUGCAGCAUCCUACCUCUCCAACCAUUGCUCCCUCCAGAUCCCUGCUGAAAAACCAUCUUUACAAUGCUCACAACACUAACUCUACUGCACAAUAACUGCAUUGCCAUGGUACUACUGGACAGGGGUUUUAGAGGUUUAAAUCUAAUAUCCCCUUAAUACCUAAAGUGAAUAAGUUAUUUAGAUUAUGAAGAAUCCCUGCUUUUAUUUUAAAAAGAGUAUGUUUCUAGCUUGCUUGGUUAUGAAUAUACCCUGGCAAAUCAAAGAGAGCCUGAGUCAGCAGAGAGCUUGAAACAAUAACUCAGAAAAGUGCCCCAUUUAAUUUAUUCACACGUUAACUCUGGAACCUAGUGUCGACACUAACUUUCUUUUUCCUCUACGCUGCUUUUCCUGGUGAGGGUCGUGGCAGCAGCAUGGAGAGUAGGGAGGACCAGACCUUCCUUUCCUCCACAACAGAUUCCAGCUCCUCCUGGAGGAUUCCCAAGCAUUCCCAGGCCAGCUGGGAGAUAUAAUCCCUCCAGCGUGUUCUGGGUUGGCCUCGGGGCCUCCUCCCAGUGGUACAUGUUCAGUAGAGUUCCAAAGGAAGCCUACCAGGGGGUAACUUUACCCUGUCUCAGACAGUAAGCCCAGCAACCCUGCGGAGAAACCUCAUUUCCACCGCUUGUACCCGUGAUCUCGUCCUUUCAGUCAUUACCCAAAGUUCAUGGCCAUAGGUGAGGAUGGGGACAUAGAUUAAACUGUAAACCGAGAGCUUCGUCUGAGAAUUCAGCUCCCACUUCCCCACCACGGAUCGGCACAGCGGCCGCAUCACUGCCGCCGCCUCCCCAAUCCGCCGGUAGAUCUCCCGCUCCCAUUUACCAUCACCAAUAGGUGAUUGGUUGAUGGCUCUGCCCGUCUCUGCAGCCGGAUGUCCAGAACAUAUAGACUCCCUCCGAGGAUCGUUACCUUGUCGUGGUGGAGGGGCUUGCGUGUUCCGUUGAACCCCAGGGCUAUGUCGUCUGGAGCCCAGUGCUCCUGGGAGGGUCACCCUAGACGAACAGGUCUGGGGGGAGGUUCUAGACUAAAAACGAUCCCACGCAAGAUGCUCAUGAAAGCCCAACAAAUGAGCACGCGAAUCUUGCCUGGAUUAGGAAUAUCGGACCCACCCCUGAAGCCAGGCCUGGGGGUGGUGUUAGUGAGUGUCUGAUGGCCAGGCAACUCAUGUAACCUGGCCGGGCCUCGCCCGAAAAGGGGCCGGGGGCUCAGCACCCGCGAGGCAAAGGGCGGGGGUUGGGUGCGAUGCCCGAAUGGCAGCAGGAGGGAUGGACCACGCUGGGCUGGCCUCCGCGAUGGAGACUGGCCUGACACUAACAUGCAGGCAGAGGCAGCUGUUCUUUGAGCUAAAGAACCAGACUUGUGAACAGCAGCUACUGCAGGGGGACAGAGACCCUGAGUGUGGGAUACAGACCCUGACACUUAGCAAUGGCUGUAUUUCUCUCUCUGGCUGUUUACAGGUAAAUUAAGUGUGGGAUGGUUCACAGUGGGGCUCCUCUCCUGGGUCUGAACCACACACUAAGGAAGGAUGGGGGUGAACCACACAGAGAGAAAAGUUACAGGAUGGACAGUGUCAGUUACGCUGCUUCUACCUCCAUUAAUAACUGGAAAUUAAACCCUGUCGCUGUAGCAGGAACGUCAAUGGCCUGUUGCUACUGGAGUCACUGAGUGCGCAGAAAUUGACCCCAGCUUCUGGGCAAAUGCGCUGAGUGAUGCAUUUGGUCUGUAAUAACGUGUAUGUACGUGUCUGUCGCACUUGUGUCUGAAUUCUGUUUAUAUUUAUAUAUAAUAUAUUAACC